ACACUGAAAGUCAAAACACUAAACACUUUAACAGUUUUGUUUUUCCACGCUAUUUUUUGAAAAAAAAUUUUCUCUCCGUUUUCUUUCGUAAAUAAUGUUUUUCUCCUCUUUCUAGAGUUAAAAAUGGAUUAACUUUGAUGAAGAUUAGGGAAAAACGGAAAGAAAAGUAAAAGGAAAAACGCUAGCAAAUCGCUAGGAAAAAACGUAGAAAAAACUAGUGGAAAAAGUUGGAGGAAAAAAAUAAAUUUGAGGAUAUAUGGAGUUUUCUCACCCCAGCGUGUCUUGGUCGUCAAGCUCUGAGAGAGGGUGGUGUUAAUGGGCGUACUCGCGGUUAACACCCUUGAAGGUCGAAGGUGGGGAUAUCUUGGGACGGUGACGAAAGGAAGCGUUUCGGAUCCCAAAGGAUGGCGGGGGUGUUGUUGACGAGGGGAUGAGAGAGAAAGAGAGUGAGUGAGAGAGGGGGAAGUGGAGCGUCGGAAAAGGCGUCACGUACAACGCCACCCGGAUUGGCGCCGGAACACCAAUCCGCGCGGUGAGUGCUCAUUAUCGCCCAACUGAGACUGGAGCGAGAGGAUGCCCCCCCACUCUUGAGCCACAAGUCAGUCGAUCCCCACUCUUUGGCCAUGGCGAUACGUAGGGGAAGGGAGGAGGAGCCCCGACAGCUUCAGUCUUCGCGUUGCUGCCCUCCAGCAUUCACGCCUCCCGCGUCCGUUCCACGGCCUGUGCGCCUCUUUUGCCCUGCUGUAUACGCACACGCGGCACACAGUUCCCCGGGACUUUAGCACACCGACACCUUCGCGGGAGGUGUGGGGGUGAGCCCCAGAGGAGGUGUCAAUCCUAGCGCUGCUCAGUGACCAUCGCGGCGCCACCCAAGUAACACCUUCACCUUUCACGAUCCCGCGAAAAACGUUGAAUCUUUCUCUCGCUGGGUCGCCGGCCGUCGGAUCGCGACAAUUUACUGAAAAAUAAAUAUCAUGUGCUUUAAUUUUGUGACUGUCCGUGGAUGACGUUUUGGUUUUUUUUACAAAAGUGUCGAGUGAAGAAAUAGUGCCGUGUUUGAAACUCGAAUCAGUGAUCAGAGGGAGUUUUGUUUUUUUUGGAAGUGUUAUUUUUUUGUGCAGUGCCUCUGAUGCGAGUGAAUGACAGAAAAUGUCACAGCAACAAGAAAUUUUGAUGAAAUAGUUAAUGUCUAGUUAUAUUUUGGAUAGAAAUGUGACUCCGUCGUUGGUGGUAAAUAAAACAGACAGUGUGAGUGAAGAAUAAGUGUGUAGGGCAAAGGUUUUUGAGUCUCUCGCGCGACUCAGAACAUCUCGACCAUCUCGAUGAGAUUCGAACUAGACACGGCGUGCAGGGGUACCCACUGCGCCAGCACUCCGCUACCUGCACUGCAUCAACAUCAUCGUCUUGGGUCUCAUUUGGAGGAGACCUCCUCCUGCUCCGCGAAGGGCAUCGAGACAUUUCAAAUUCGAUUAAGAGAAACAGUUGAGACUAACGUGGUUGAGGGUGCCAAGACGGUGCUCAGGGGGGAGGCGGGGGGGCCUGGAAUGGCGUACCCCGCACCAGCGACAGCUUUGAAUCGGCACUCACCCUUUUCCUCCUCCUCGGCUACCUCGAUUGCAAAUUCGGGUCCAGGUAAUCCCAACGGACAUCUCACUGUGUCUAGUGCUCAUCUUCCGGCACCGGCGGCACCAAGACCCACAGACUUUAGUGUUUCCACCCUAUUGACAGCGGCGAGUACACAUCCACCGCUUCUUGGUGGUUCGUCGUCGCAAGGGAGCAUUUCACCGCCACCUGGUGGACCUGGAAGUCCAGCAGCGGCACCAGAAACUCCGCCACCCUUAUCCCUGCAACGUGAACUUUCGCAUAAUUCAUCAGCGGUAGCCGCUGCUAGUUACUUUGGUGCUUUAGCAGCCGCCGGCUUCUAUAAUCAUAGUGCACAUCUACCACCAGUGAGUUCGCCUAGUGCUCAUCAUCUACAGAGCAAAGCCAUCCUCGCUGGAGCUCAUCAUCAUCCGCAAUUUAAUCCGCAAGCUCUCGCACAUCCAGGUCUGGGCUUGGGACCACAAAGUUCUGAAGAAGCGCAUGCGGCAGUGUUAGCCGCCGCUGCUGCUGCUCUGCAUCAUCAUCACCAAGGAGCAUCCGGAGGUCCGACGAUGAGGCCAUUGAGGCAUCCUCUGCCUCCUGGCAUGUUGCACUCGGCACCCCAUCCACUUGCCCCUCAUCAUCCAUUGGCUGGACCUCAUCAUCCUCUCAUUCCCCCUCAUCCCGAGGAGGACGGUGUUGUCGAUGACCCUAAGGUCACCCUCGAGGGAAAAGAAUUGUGGGAAAAGUUCCACAAACUCGGAACUGAAAUGGUCAUCACGAAAAGUGGCCGACGCAUGUUUCCUCCGUUUAAAGUGAGGGUGUCCGGAUUAGACGCGAAGACUAAAUACAUACUUCUAAUGGACAUCGUGGCAUCCGACGAGUACCGAUAUAAAUUUCACAACAGUAGAUGGAUGGUGGCUGGCAAAGCGGAUCCGGAAAUGCCGAAGAGAAUGUACAUUCAUCCGGAUUCACCGAGCAGCGGAGAACAGUGGAUGCAGAAGGUCGUGAGUUUUCACAAACUUAAACUCACAAACAACAUCAGUGAUAAGCACGGCUUUACGAUAUUGAAUUCCAUGCACAAAUACCAGCCGAGGUUUCAUCUCGUCCGGGCCAACGACAUCCUAAAGCUCCCAUACUCGACGUUCAGGAGUUAUGUUUUCAAGGAAACGGAAUUCAUCGCUGUGACUGCCUACCAAAAUGAAAAGAUCACACAAUUGAAGAUCGACAACAAUCCAUUUGCGAAAGGAUUCAGAGAUACGGGAGCGGGUAAACGAGAGAAAAAAAGACAGGCGCUGUUGACGGUGUCAGGCGGAGGUUCUCGUUUGAGUUCUGGUGCUCCGGCGUCGCCCGAGAAGAGGCGAUCAUCGAAUUCCGGCAAUGAUCUUAUGGACGACGACGAUAAACUCCUGGACGUUGUGGGACCGGACACGCCUCAUCCGGCUCAUCAUCAGCGGGAGCGGGAGCACUCGCGAGAAAGGGACGAUCGCAACAGUGAACGGGGGGAGGGUUCGGAGUCCUCAGGCUCUGAGAGUGGAGGAACCAUGGGCCAGGCGGCGGCGUCCGAAGGUCCAAGGCCGGAUGUCUCGGUGGGACCGCCACUCCAUCCGCCCCUCUUGCCAUACCUCUACCCCCCGGUGCCGGGUCUCUAUCCCGGCCCGGGUCACCUGAUACCACCAAAUCCCCUCGGCCUCCAUGGCGGCGUCACACCCGGCAUGAUCCUCAACGCCCAAUUAGCGCUUGCCGCCUCUCACCAUCCGGCGCUUUUUGCUCAUUAUCCACAUCCGCUGGCGAGUCCUCUCCACCAAUUGAAGGGCCAUCGCUUCGCUCCCUACACACUCCCCGCCUCCUCCCACGGUUCUGCGUUCGAAACCGUCACACCGGGAAGUCGCACCCUCAGUCCAAGGUCGCCACCCCCGAGGCCUCCGACCAGGUCGCCAACGCCAGGCAGCGGCAGUCUCGUCUCGGCCACCGGCGAACUGAAAUCAAUCGAAAACAUGGUCAAUGGUCUGCAGGAGAAGCGACGGAGUCCCAGUCUCACGCCAGGACACAGGGGCGACACGGACGCUGGCGGGGGGAGUCCGUGACAGGAGAACGAUCAAGUCACCAGUACAAAUUCCGAGUUCCUCGACGAUGAGGAGCGCAAUCAUUCGAAUUCGGAGGAUUCCCUAGAGCCGGACUCAACGUCCGAACCAUCGUAGCCCCAACUUAGUCAAAACAAUUUCCCCCCCCUAAUGGAAAUGUGACGUUAAAACUACAAAAAAAAAGUGCAAUUUAACGAAGACAAGAAACUGACGGUAAUCGUCGAAAAAACCCAGGUGUGUCCAUGCGAGUGUAAUAAGUCGGGAAAUUUCCCAAAAACACUCCCAGGUCCCUUUGUAAAUUUACUCGUCAAAAAAAAGAGUCGAAUUCUACCUGCGAAUACUUAGACAUUAAGAGAAUCUAUAAUAUUGCAAUAUAUAAGUGCACCUCCACUAUUUGCAGUCCUUGUACAUAUGUACCCUAGUUGCAUAUAUAAAUACGACUAUUCUCUGUAUUAAUUAUUGAAUAUAUUAUUAUAUGGAUUAUUAGAGUCGUAAAUCGCGUUCGCGAGUCAAAAAAUUUAUACAUGAAACAUUUUUUUCUAUCCGGACGUCAUUUUGGCAAAACAUUCCUUUACGCACCCAAAAUUUUCUUUAAACCACUAAUCGCUCGAAAUUAAGCUUUCUAGAUAAAAAAAAACUUGACCAAAAUUAGAAUUCUUGUAAAUUUUUAAUUUUUAUUUCCGAUUCUGCUAAAUUCUCUCCGACGGCGGAGGAAAAAACAUAAUUUCAUAAUCUUGAUCUCUAAAAUUUUCGUUUUUAACAAAAAUCUCUCUUUUUUCUCUUCGGCAAAAAAAACGAAUCAAGAAAAAAAAAAAUUUCAAGAUUUAAAAUCUUUAAAGUGCAUUGUUAUUUCUAAAAGGAAAAAAUUUUCUCUAAGAAUAUUGUACAUUUCCGGAUUUUUAAAAGAAUACAUUUUUCAAAAAUGUAAAAAAGUUUAUUAUUUUCAAAAAAAAAUCUCAAAUCUCGCAUUGAAAAGAAGGAUCGAGUUUCAAGUCUCGUCAUCAGUGUCGUCAUGUGAUAAAAAAAAGGCGAAAAGGAAGAUUCUCGAACUAUUUUGCAAUUUUUUUUUCCAACUUCUUUCAGAGCGAAUGCCAAAUUCUUCGAAUUUCAACAAAUGUUCUUUAAUUUUAAAAACCAACGUUUCUUAAAACAAAAAACUUUCAGUGUAAAAAAAUAUUUAUAAAAUAAAAAGUAAUACCAAAGAACAAAAAAAAAAUAUUUUAAAUUAAAGUACAUUUAUGUUUGAAAAAAAAAAAUUUUCGUAUUUGUUUGUAAAAAAAAAACUCCGUAAGAAAUUUUGGUAUCGCGAUGAAGUUUUUGCAUCACUCUUUGCAAAUUGUAUAAAAAGUAGAGGUUUCUAAUAAAUUAUUGCAAAUCAUGUAAUUGAAAUUACAUAAUGCAAUCUCAACUCACGUGAGUCUUUGAGAAUACACAUCAUGAACAAUCGGGGAUUGUACUCGCAAAGAUAAAAGAAAAAAAAAUAAUAAACUGUGCUUAAAAGCAGGAUCAGAGAGUAAGUUAAAUUUCAGAUACAAAAAAAAACUAUCAUUUGUAUGCGCCGAGGGGGUUUAUUUACAUAGAUAUAAAUAUAUUAUGAUUUUCUUUUUAUAGAAAAUAGUGGUCUCGAAAAAACACAACGGCAAAUACGGAAAGCUAGUAGUAUCUAGGGAUAGUCUGAUUAGCUGCACCUCUCUAUGUAAUUCCUCGAUAUUAUUUAUUUAAAAAAAAAUCAAUUCAAACCACUAUUUAGAAAAAUUUAUUUAACUCAUUCAUUCGUAUACGAAAAUUAUGUAUUUUUAUUUAGAACUUACAAAUUAUAUCUAUCAGAGAUUUUUAAUUUAAUUUUAACUUAAAAAAAAAUUUAACACUUAAAAUAAAACCAAAAUUUGUUUAAAAAACAUUUUUCUAAUUUUUUCUAAAAAAAACAUUCCUUGUCAUGGUUUGAAAAACUCGUUGCUUCAAAUCUUUCCUUCUUUUGUUCUUUGUUUACAAAAAGAUUUGAAGCAAAUAAACACGUCGCAAAUGUAACGAAAGGAAAAAUCAUUCGAAAUAAAAUCGUCAAGGCUCGUGGAAAUAGUUUCGCAAUUUCCUUGCUGCAAAAUUUGUAAAUAAAAAUUUCACUGCAGAUUAUAUCUAAAAAAAAGAUUUUUCAUUUCGAAGACGUGAUAAUUAAAAACGAUUUCUGGUUAGACUAGAUUUCGUUUUUAGGUGCAGCUUUUUUUGUCACGUUUUCGUGUUUCGAACCGGGUAAUUCGAAAAUUUCGGCCCGUUUGCUAAAUGUUGUAAAUUAAAAUUUAUAUACGUAAAUAUUAAAUUUGUGAAAAAACCCAUUAGAAACCGAGAGCGUGAUUCUGAAAAUAUAAAACUCUAUGACUGUCUUUUUAGUGCGAAAAAUUAAUAUUUAAAGAAAAAAAAACGGUUUAUACAAUGUGACAAAAAAAAGAACACGAUCAGCACAAAGAAUAACUAGAAUAUUUGAAAAUAAAGAAAAGAAAAAAAAAAAGAAUUGGACCCAAGCUCAGGGCCUAAUGAUCGAUUUUAACCGAGUCCUUUGUUUUUAAAAAAAAUUUUGCUCAACUUUGUUAAUUUCUUCCAAGAACAUUAAAAGCGGCCCUGUGCUCGAUAACAAAAAAUAAAAAAUAUGGGCCCUUCGAAAAAGCAAUAAGGCCUCUGAGGCCGCAUCACUCCCUGAGAAUAUUCCUAUCGCUUGUAUGUAAUUGUACACUCUGGCCCCCAAGCCCUCCAAAAAUCCACAUGAUUAAAAAUUAUAUAUUAAUUUAAAAAUAAAA